UGCAAAUGGUUACAUCCGCCGCCUGGCAACAAACAUGUAACAAAGGGACAAAAAGGCAACAUUUGACCUUUCACCCCCCGACACAAACUGAUACAAACCCAGGCAGGGGGCUGCUUCCGGGAAAUCCAUGACCCACUGCAGCUUGUCUCUGUGUGGCUGCUGGGUUUAAACAGGUUGCUGAUUUAUUUUUAAUGUUUUUUUGGGGGGGUUGACCUUUGACCUUUGCCUGAGGAGAGCAGCAGCAGCAGCAGCAUGGCAGGUCUAGGAUCUCUGAAUGCUGGUGAGUUGAUGUCUGUGGCCCAAAGCCUUUCCCAGCCAGCAGAUUCUUACCUAAAUGAUCCGAACCUUGAAAUGAUAUGGGCUAUGAAAGCUUAUCAACAUGCUGAGAUUUAUUUCAAUCUCAUUUGUUCAGUUGACCCAACAUUUCUGAAACUGACCAGAGAAGACGAUCAAAUUUACACAGAGUUCAGGAAGCAGUUCAGGGACUUGAAAAUCGACGUACUGGAUCCAGCCAAGUUGAAGUCAGACGCGGCCAAACAACAAUGGCGCCCAUUCUGCCUGCAGUUUGAAACACUGGUCGAAGACUUCAACUACGGCACGCUUCUGCGGCUGGACUGCUCAAAAGAUUACGUGGAGGAAAACACGAUAUUCGCUACCAGGAUCCAAUUCUUCGCCAUUGAAAUAGCCCGGAAUCGCGAGGGCUACAACACCAUGGUCUAUGAGAGAUCAACAAAAGCCAAGACUGCUCAUGCUGCUGACAAGGUGACUGAAGUCUCCACUGAGCAAGAAGAACCACUGGCCCAGCCAGCAGGGUUAGCUGGGGAAGAAAACGCUGCACAUUCAUAGCAGAUUAGAGGGACACACACUGGAGUGGCUGCAUCAUAUUCUACUGCUUGUCAAGAAGUGAGACUGCUCCAGGUCACAGAAUUUAAGCCAGAGCUCCAUGUGUGAAAGCUUCAGUAUAAAACCAGACACAAGUGCUCUUGGAGGCACCUGGACAAAUACGGACAACUCUGUCUUAAGACUCUUUAUCCCAGAAUGGUUCUAUGUUGCCGAGUUUUAUCAAACAUGGUCCGGUUACAGGUUUUGCAAAGCCUAUUUAAUCAGCUUCAAACCUCUCUCUGAUGCCAAACAUGGCAAAGGCAUCCCGUGGAAUGCAAAGAGGCAGAUGAACACAGAUUGAGAGACACCACAUGAUUAUUUAUAUCACUAUACACACUAGAAAAACAAGGACUGAGGGUGGAAAUGGCAGGGAGGACAGGGAGAAGAAUUGAAAGCUGGGGGAAGACAAAGAGUAUUGGGUGAAGAAGCAAAGAGAGGGGAGGAUGGCUUGAUGUAUUUAAUCAGUUGCUUUUGGGUAAUACUAUCCAUGUAAUCCAAACCCCUCUGAAAAUUCGACGACAUGAGGUAAAACAAAUGGGAGAAGCAGCAAAUUGAGCAGUUUUGUUUGGGGGAAGGGGAGGGGUUUGGUGACAGGGAAGGAUAGGAGGGAGCAGUGUUGGGAUAUCAAGAGCAACUUGCCCACUCCUUGAGGCAGCUGCUUUCCUGCUGCGUAGUUGAAGCACGGGAGACACCUUUCUGUACAAACCAUUGACAGUUUAUUCGCAGUCACAAUGCUUACACUAGAUGCAGCAAACAUUCUUACAUACCAACCUACCUGAUCACGCAGUGAUUCGGAAAUGUUUAGUCAGAACAUUCAGUGGAAAGGAACAAUAAAAAUAUAUAAUCCA